GGGAGGCCGGGGGAUUAGUGAGACGUGACGAAGAGGCGAGUGGCUGAGGCGAAACAGAUUCGCAACGGAUCCUCUGACAAAGGUUUUGGAGAAAAGAUUCAACCUUUUCAACACCUGAAAAAGCCUUAAAAUAUGGUAAUAUCAAGAGGGCUCUUCAUCUUCAUCACCACAAUUCCAGUUCACAUUCACGGAUACUAUAUUAUAAUUAAGAGAUAUGCUACACGUCACCUCCAUCUGUUCUCGACACUUGCCACGUGACCAAUUGAAAAAUCUAAUGUGGCUGGUGGCGACUCACGUGAUGUGAAUUCAAGUGGUUACGAAGUUAUAAAUAGAUUAUCACGUGUGCGUUCCAAGGCAACAGCAACAUCCAUCACCAACUAAUUACUCCCUGUCUACAUUUCCAAACGAGCUUCAUUCACCUUCUGGACUAUUUCUCUUUUUGACAAGCGCUCAACUCACUGCAGAACCGAUCACCCAUAAUGUUUCUUAAUGGUUAAUGUUCUCUGGGCCGCUAACAUUCGCAGUCCUAGUUUUUAAAGCGGGAAGACUAAGCUGGGAGGUGUCCCCCUUUUGCCUUGGUUCUCGUAAGCUCUCCUUGAGCAUGUCCUCUCAACUUGCUCAGGGUUAGCUUUGACUAUACUGCAAUAUGUUAUAUCUUUUACAGCUUUUAUGGUUUCCUUCUUGUAAUCUUCAUGGUUCGGUUUAAUAGAGCUUGUGGCUUGUACUUGCGCUUUUCUAAGCUCCAUAUGCUGUAUAUACCAGAGACUAAGCCGCCACAUGAGCUAUGGUAAGCUUAAAUGCGACUAUAUUACUAUUUAGUCGGUGGUCACACCACUUAUUUUUGAAGGCCACUCCUAAACAAUAUGGCCAGAUCAAACGCAUCCCCCAGGUUUAGAACCCCAUUUCCUUUUGUCCCUUGAACCUUUCCUUCAUCAAACUAUCCAUUGUCGACUUAUAUGCAUCUACUUACAGUAGUAUUUCUUGACGCCCAGCUCAGCCAUUGGCCAUUCUCGUGCCUAUAGGAAGUCAGGAUAACUAGAUGCUCGUGCGGCAACGGGUACCUAUCAAGCCAAUCUCGUACCUCGACUGACAGCGUUAACGGGUAGAGGUAUUCUACAUCAUGCAUCUCGGUAUAUAUGCAGCUUUUGUCGUUGGAGCCUUACUAUCCAUCUGUGGCAUUUCAUCUGCCAUCCAUGUUGACCUUUCAUCCAGUGAUGCUAUCAAAUUAUCGGCCAAAGUUCUUGCAGGCGAUAUGCUGAGCCACUAUCACGGCAAUGAACCAGGCCAAAUACCAGGAAAUCUUCCCUACCCCUACUACUGGUGGGAGUGCGGGGCCAUGUUUGGUUCCCUCAUCGACUAUUGGCUUUACACAGGUGAUUCUGCGCACAACGAUCUCGUCACCCAGGGAAUGCAAUUUCAAGUAGGUCCAAAUAAUGAUUUUAUGCCUCCGAAUCAGACCAAGACACUGGGGAACGAUGAUCAAUGCUUCUGGGCGCUCGCUGCGAUCUCCGCCGCCGAAUCAAAUUUCCCAAACCCGCCAAAGGAUAAACCGCAGUGGCUUGCACUCGCCCAAGCCGUUUUCAAUACUCAAGCACAACGUUGGGACAAGUCAACAUGCGGUGGAGGCCUUAAAUGGCAGAUAUACACCUUCAACAACGGCUACACGUACAAGAACACAAUUUCUAAUGGAUGUUAUUUUAAUCUCGGCGCGAGAUUAGCCUUAUAUACGAGGAAUGAUACGUAUGCGGACUGGGCCACCGCAGCGUGGAACUGGAUGUCGGAAGUGGGCUUAAUCGAUGAAGAAUAUGCCGUUUUUGAUGGGAGCGACGAGUUGAAACAUUGUGCUUCUAUCAAUCGCGUACAAUGGAGCUACAAUGUUGGGAUUCUGCUUAAUGGUGCAGCAGCUAUGUAUAAUUAUACUGGUGGCACCGACACUUGGCGUCGCCAUACUUCUGGACUGCUCAAAACCACAUCCUCGACAUUCUUUCGCGAUAAAGUUAUGUUUGAACCUGCUUGCGAACUUGAUGACACCUGCAAUACGGACCAGCUCUCUUUUAAGGCUUAUCUUAGCCGAUGGAUGGCGGCUACCACCAAAUUAGCCCCAUUCACAUAUGGCACUAUUAAACCGUUACUAAGGGCCUCCGCGGAAGCUGCUAUGUCACAUUGCAACGGAGGUAACAAUGGACGUACUUGUGGCCUGAAGUGGUCGAACUGGGGAAACUGGGAUGGCUCUAAUGGAAUUGGUCAGCAGAUGGCGGCGUUGGAGGUGUUGCAGAGUAAUCUUAUCCAUGCGACCAAAGGACCCGUCCGUGAAGAGGAUGGCGGUACGAGCCAGGGGAAUCCAAGCGCAGGGGGUGAUGGUAGAGGGAAUAAAGAUGUGAAGGCAGGGCCAUGGUCUCAGCCUGCUGGUACGGGAGACCGUGUCGGGGCUGGGGCCUUGACCGCUGUGAUGGCUGCCGGAGUUGUUUGCGGUGUGUGGUGGAUUGUUUGCUAAGAUUGUCACCUUAGGUAUAUACUUUAGAUUCUACCAGACGAACAAAUACGGCGCUUUAAUAAUUUAAUAAAUAAUGUAUUGGAUAUGGAG